AUGGGCUCGCGAGACCAACUGCCAACUUUUCCCGUCGGUAAUCAUGAAAGAUUCAUGGAAUACGCCCUGGAGCAAGCCCAAAAAUCACCCCCCGGAGACAACAAGUUCUGCGUCGGGGCUGUACUGGUCGAUGCAGACAAGGGACAGGUGUUGUCUACAGGAUAUUCGUUAGAGUACCCUAGGGACUACAAUGGAGAUCCUGGAACAACACACGCAGAGCAGUGCUGCUUCAUCAAGAUCGCCGACGCCAACAAGCUCACAGAGCAAGAGAUUUACAAAGUUUUACCGAGGAAUACUGUCUUGUAUACGACGAUGGAACCCUGCAACGAGAGACUGAGCAAGAAUAUGACAUGUGCAACCAGAAUCAUCCGGCUCAAGGGGGCCGUCAACACGGUAUACGUGGGCAUUCGAGAGCCUGGCACAUUCAUCAAGAACAACGACGGGCAGAAAAGACUGGAAGCACACGGUAUCAAGGUUGAAUAUCCUGUUGAGCAUAUGAAGGACAGAAUCACAGAAAUAUCUUUAGCUGGACAUCCACCCUCGUCUCAAGAGCUUCUGUAG